UAGCUGACGACUGGCGAGUGACGUAAGUAGCCUCACCCCCCGCACUCCCCACCCCAACACUUCGUUAUUAUCCCAAAAAACCCAAUCUUCUGUUCAAUACUAUAACCUAACCCUAGAAUUUUCAGACUCGAAAUUCAGAACGCAGAGCCCCCUAAACCUUAACUUUCCUUCAAUUUCUGCUACAUUUUCGAUUCAGUGUUUUGGUUGUGGAUUCAAUUGCUGAUAAAGAUUUCUUUUUUGAGAAUGGUGUUAGUGUAAACUGCUGCUACAGUUGAUUUUGAUUUGUUCGUUUGCAACGAUGACGGGAACCGGAGGAGAAGAUGUCGAUUACGAGAGCGAUCCGGAGGAAACGAUGCUGUCGUUGAAUAUGAGGCGGAGAGAGGCAAGUGAUGAUGAGGACGGAGGCGGAGAAGGGGAGGAGAGUGGAAAGACUGAAAAAAUCUUAAGGAGUGUUGAUUCUGAUGAUGAGUCUGAGGGUCAAGGCGCUCCGGCCGUGUACGAGGAUGAUGAAGAGUGCGUAGAGGAAGAGGAGGAGGAAGAAAUGUGCGAGGAAGUUGAGGCAGUGACUGAGGAAGCGGCUGAGGAAGUGAAGGAAGUUGUGGAGAAAGGAAGAGAUUCUACUCCAGGGGUUGUUGAUGGAAAUGAACAUGAUUUGCUGCAGGAGGAGAAGAAAAAAGAAAAUGAACCCUAUGCUGUGCCCAAGACUGGAGCUUUUUAUAUGCACGAUGAUAGGUUUGGAGACAAUGUAGGCGGGCAACACAAGCGGAUGUCUGGCGGAAGAAGGUUAUGGGAAUCAAAAGAUGAUCGUAAAUGGGGCCAUGACAAGUUCGAAGAGUUGACUGUGGAUCAGAGGAAUUAUGAUGAGGAUAGGAGGAUAUCAAGGGGUCGCUAUCGAGGUCGUGGUAGGAUGCGAGGAGCUGAUAGUGGAGCUUCACAAGGAAGAAGACCCAAAGCGUACAUCAAUGGUAAUGAUCAGACUAAGAAUAAUAACCAGAACAUUCAGAGUAAUCCUGCAAAAGCUAUCAGAGGUCGGGGACCAAGGAGGUACAGACCAUCUUUUAAGGACAACAUUGACACACCUCCUCCUCUAAACAAGCAAUCUGGUCAGUCUGUUGACAAACCUUCACGUUAUAGCACAAAUAAAGCAUUUGCUCCUGUAUCAGAUUUAGAAAAAGAUGCAGUUACAGCUGCAAAUCAAAGGUUUAUGUCAAGAUUGAAUUAUGCUUCUCCUCCAUUUUAUCCCUCUAGCUCUUCCAGUAAAGAGACUACAAUAACACACAAGAGGGAAAUGCAAACUGAGACAAGUAGCCACAGUGUUCAGCCUUCUCUUUCGGGCGAAAGUGCUGCUUCUGCACAAUCAACUGCAAUAAUCCGGAAGGAUCAGAAUAAUUCCUUUGGCAUAAACAAGCUUAAUAUUGAUGAUUCUAUUCCUGCAGUUGCUGGGAAGCCUUCAUCCAGUUUGCAGUUGCCACUAGGGUUGUCCUCAUCAAUAAAGUCUACUCAUUCCCAGGCAUUGAGAGGCCAAGGAAGAGGAUUUAAUGCAUCACCGCAUAGGAAUUAUCAAUCGCCUGUACCCAAUAACCAAGUCAGUAGUGUUUCUCUGCCAACCCAGCUCCACCCUGCCCAGCGAUAUUCUGCUCAAAGUCGAGGGCAACCUUUUCUGCAAGUAACUGGUCAGCAGUUAGUGCAGCAACCGGGUACUGGAUCUCAAGUUUCAUCUCCUCCCAAAACAGCACAAGUUAUGAAUACUUGUGAACCUGGAGAGCUUGCAUUUUCUUUGGAGUCCAAUAAAUUAACGAGUUCUGUGGUUGCAAAAGGGAAAGGCAGUCUUCAGAGUUCUGGAAGGGGAUAUGGGGCUCACAUUGUAGGUGCAACUGGAAACAUGGGUAGUGGUCACAGUAAUCAGAAGUUUUCUGGGACUCCAACCUUUCUGCCAGUCAUGCAAUUUGGAGGCCAGAACCGAGGUGGCGUUGGAGUUCCUGCUGUUGGCAUGGCCUACCCUGGAUAUGUUGGUCAACCACAUGGCAAUUCCGAAAUGACAUGGUUGCCAGUUUUAGCUGGUGCUGCUGGAGCACUAGGCACACAAUACUGUUCACCAUAUAUUGCUGCGGAUGGUGCUUAUCAUCCUCGCCCUAGUGGGCAGAUAGCAUCUCUCGGUGCUGCUCCAAUCAAAAAGAAUAAUACAAGUAAACCAAAUAGUGAACCGAAUCCCCAACAGACACCCGAGAUCACAAAUGAUGACUUCAGACUGCGACAGAAGAAUCCUCGCAGAUAUACGGAAAUGAAGUUUGACCAGUGAGAUAGUUACAUUGGCUGAAGCAGGUUGAAAUAAGCAGAUUAAGAUCAAAAUUUACAGUUGAAUAUUCCAUCUCUAGUUGGAUGUUGCGAAUCUCUUAAAGAAGCUUGUGGUGCUGCAGCCUUCUGUCUGCCCCUUCGUUUUCUCUAACAAUGUUGAUCUGGAGCAUGUGGACAUCUCAUAUAUUAGGUUUGCAUGACAAUAGCCUGCUCAUGCUGCUUCACUUUGGAAGAUACUCAGCAGCUUGGCAGGUUCUUGUGUCAUGGUUUCUCGGCAUUGGCAAAUGAUCAAAAGAAAAUACUGGUGAAGGGUCCAGAAGUUGUGCAGCUGCUUUCUACUAUAUAAAGUUUCUCUUCUAAAUGUACUGUCAUCUGGUCUUUCUGAGUUUACCGUUUGCAGCUUUAAUUAAUGUUGUUACUGCUUUCAUGUGGUGGAUACUUUUUAAGGUUUAUUUCGGUCAGAAGAGAGGAUAGCUUGCUCAGGUGUUGGAUGGUAAAUUUUCUAUUAAGACUUUGGUUUGUUUCCUAUUUGGUACAAUGGUGGAAUUAGUAAUCGUCCUUGCUAAUAGAAUAACUUUCUAUUCCGAGUGUUGGGGGGCGAACAUAA